AUGAAUAUUUCAUCUAUGUUGACUGAUGUCCCAACACCGGUCUCUCUGAUAGAGACUCAAUCACAACAGCAACAAGAUCAAGAAAAGGAACAAAAGCAACCGGUACAACCAUCGCUUUCGAUUACAAAAGCACCAUCAUCUAACCCAAUCACCACUAGCCUGGUGUUGGAUACGAUCCAACCAAUUCCGGUUAGUGACGAUGAUGAGCUUGACGAUGAUCUUUCACUUAAAUCACAAAUUGGUCAAGAGAAUUAUCUUUUAGACUUUACAAAACGAGUAGGAAUAUUAGCACAAUUAGAUCAAUAUUAUACAAAGGCCAAUAACUUUGACGUGUUAGACAUUGAAAGAAAAAUUCUCGAGGAUACCACUGCUAAAACAGAAAUUGUUUCCAACAAUUAUAUUGAAAGAGUUGUCACCGAAGAGAUUUCAGCUGGCGGUGAAAAUAUUCAUGAUGACAAUGGCUCAAAGGCAUACCAAUGGGGUACUACGCGUAUCACCAGGCCCAAACCAUCUGAAAAUGAUUCACAAUCUCUUUUGGAUGCUGUUGCAGCUGCCGAAUCGAAGGGAACACCAAGAAAGGCCAAAUCUAAGGCUUCGGGGGUCGUCGGUGGAAGUAAAAGAUCUACCCCAGUUGCUAUAGCUGCCGCUGAUUCAUCUACAGAUGCAACAUCUAAAAAACCCGUCACUCGCGCUAAGCCCAAGAGAAGAGCGGCUUCUGCAGCUUCUACUACUACUUCUACAACCUCUACAGAUGACACUACAGAGCCAAGUACGAAAAGACGCAGAAGAACAACUGAAGAUAAAUCAAAUGCUGAUGGGGAAGAUAAAUCAACCGAAGCUGAAGGUGAAUCCAAUAACUCUAAACCAAAACCUUCUCAAAAGGAACAAAGAGUUAUCAACAAACAAUAUGAAAAUACGUUUGUGGCUAUUUGGAAAGAUUUAUCACGUAAGGAUGGUCCAAAGGUGAGUAGACUCAUGCAACAAUCUACUCAAGCGAAAAUGAUCAACCUUAAGAAAACAUCGAUUCUUGCUGCUAGAGAAGCUAAGAGAUGGCAAUUGAAAAACAAUAAAAAUCAAAAGGAUUUGACUACAAAGGCCAGAAGAGCUAUGAGAGAAAUGUUUAAUUUCUGGAAACGUAAUGAACGUAUUGAAAGAGAAUUAAGAAAGAAGCAUGAAAAGGAACUUAUCGAUAAGGCUAAGAAGGAAGAAGAAGAUAGAGAAGCAAAGAGACAAGCACGUAAGCUUAAUUUCUUGAUCACUCAAACUGAAUUAUAUUCCCAUUUCAUUGGUAAGAAAAUUAAAACGGAUGAAAUUGAAGGAUCUGAUUCUGAUCCAAAUAUUCGUGCCAAGGCUCUGAAUCUGCAUUAUGACAAGUAUCAGGAUAUUACUGGUGAAAAGGCAGCAGAUUUUAGCACUCUUGAUUUUGAUAACGAAGAUGACGAAGCACUUACUCAUGCAGCAGCAGCUAAUGCACAGGUGGCACUCCAAGCAGCACAAUCGAAGGCUAAGGCAUUUGAUAACGCCCAUCAAGAUGACACCAAUGGAGAAGAAAUGAAUUUCCAAAACCCUGCAUUAAUGGGAGAUAUCACCAUCAAACAACCAGAUUUGCUUAAAUGUACUUUGAAAGAAUAUCAAAUUAAGGGAUUAAAUUGGUUAGCCAACUUGUACGAACAAGGUAUCAAUGGUAUUCUUGCUGAUGAAAUGGGUCUUGGUAAAACUGUUCAAAGUAUUUCAGUGCUUUCAUAUCUUGCUGAGCAUCAUAACAUUUGGGGUCCAUUUUUGGUUGUUACUCCAGCCUCAACUUUACACAAUUGGCAACAAGAAAUUUCCAAGUUUGUUCCUGAUUUCAAAGUUUUACCAUAUUGGGGCAAUGCCAAGGACCGUAAAGUGUUGAGAAAGUUUUGGGACCGUAAAAAUGUGAGAUAUGGCAAAGAUGCACCAUUUCAUGUGUUAGUUACGUCAUAUCAACUUGUGGUUGCUGAUGCUGCUUAUUUCCAAAAGAUGAAAUGGCAAUAUAUGAUUCUUGAUGAAGCUCAGGCCAUUAAGUCUUCUCAAUCAUCUCGUUGGAAGUCGUUACUUUCGUUUUCUUGUCGUAAUAGAUUGUUAUUGACUGGUACGCCAAUCCAAAAUUCUAUGCAAGAAUUAUGGGCGUUGUUACAUUUCAUUAUGCCUUCUUUAUUUGAUUCUCAUGAUGAAUUCAGUGAUUGGUUUUCUAAAGAUAUUGAAAGUCAUGCCCAAUCAAACACUCAAUUAAACGAGCAGCAGUUGCGCCGGUUGCAUAUGAUUUUGAAACCGUUUAUGUUGAGAAGAAUCAAGAAGAAUGUACAGAGUGAACUUGGUGACAAAGUUGAAAUUGACUUAUUCUGUAAUUUGACCCAGAGACAAAAGAAAUACUAUCAAAUGCUUAAGUCUCAAAUUUCUGUCAUGGACUUAUUGGACCCCGCAGGUGCUAAUGGGGAUUCAGAUUCUCAAUCUUUAAUGAAUUUGGUAAUGCAAUUCCGUAAGGUUUGUAACCAUCCAGAUUUAUUCGAACGUGCAGAUGUCAGAUCUCCAUUUGUGUUUGGUUCGUUCGCCGAAACUUCUUCAUUUUUACGUGAGUCAAAUGAUUUGGAAGCCAGUUAUUCAUUACGUAACUCUAUUCUGUAUCCAUUACCUCGCCUCAUUUUUGAUGAAAUUUUGCAACCAUCUUUUGACAAUCAAAUUGGAAGUAGAGAAAAACUUUUGAACAAUACCUUGAGUAUUUAUGACCCUGAAAAUGUCACCAAGAGUGACGCAUUUUCUUUCUUGAGAUUCACAGACACUUCAGCUCAAGAACUUCGCGAUUUAACUAGAUUGAAUGUCUUGGAGAGAGCUAUUAACAAUCAAGAAUACUCAGACAUAAAUUACGAAAGAAGUAGUAGAUUCAAAUAUCUUUAUGAAGAUGAAGAAGCCCAACCUGCCAGCAAACUCUUUUUGAUUAAUGAAUAUGAAGGAAAUGGUCCAUCGGUCCUGAAUUCUGUUUACAUGAAGGAAUUACAUUCUGUGAGGCAUAAUGCUUACGAGAGUAUGAACAUAAAUGUACUCAAACCAGCGGCCGAACCUCUUGCUGCAGCUCCACCGAUCGAUGUUACAUGCUCUCAAAGAUCAUUUGUGAAUACAUGGAACCUUUCAUUAUUUAAUGAAAAGAUACGAUCUAGCAUGGCUCCACUUCCUCUUAACACUGAAUUAGAUUUGUUGGAGAAGAAAAUCCCUGUUCCUAAUUUCCCCAAAAGUAAUAUGUGCCCUCCAGCUCUUAACAAACAAAUUGACUAUUCGAACAUUCGUAUGCCUUCUAUGAAUAGAUUCAUUACCGAAUCUGGUAAAUUGGCAAAACUUGACGAAUUACUUUCGGAAUUAAAGAAAAAUGAUCAUAGAGUUUUAGUUUAUUUCCAAAUGACGAAAAUGAUGGACCUUAUGGAAGAAUAUCUUACCUACAGACAACAUUCUUACAUUCGUUUGGAUGGUUCUUCAAAGCUUGAUGAUAGACGUGACUUGGUCCAUGAUUGGCAAUCCAAACCAGAGAUUUUUGUGUUUUUGCUUUCUACUCGUGCUGGUGGAUUAGGUAUCAAUUUAACUGCCGCGGACACAGUUGUAUUUUAUGAUUCUGAUUGGAAUCCUACUAUUGAUUCGCAAGCUAUGGACAGAGCACAUAGAUUAGGUCAAACCCGUCAAGUCACUGUGUAUAGAUUACUUGUGCGUGGAACCAUUGAAGAAAGAAUGAGAAAUAGAGCAAAGCAGAAGGAACAAGUGCAACAGGUUGUUAUGGAAGGAAAAGCAGCUACCCCAUCAAAGGAAGAAAACAAUAAGAAGAAGGAUGUCGCAUUCUUGUUGAUGGAUGAUGAAGAAUCUCCUGAAAUUGAGGCUACAACCACUAUUGAAGUGUCUACUGAGACUGAUGCGAAGACUGGAUUUGCUGUUCCUAAGGGACUUGAGGAAAUGUAUCACGAAGGAGAAGGAAAGUUUUCAGUAAAUCCUUCAGGAACAACAACCCCUUCACUUAAUUAA